AUGAGGCUAUCCAUAUCAUGUGAUGCUUGCCGGCGGGCCAAGGUCAAAUGUGUGCAUGAAGGAACCCCUCCUUGUCGAAGAUGUCAAAAGACCAAGACCGAUGACUGCGCUUUGACAGACCCUCGGGAAUCAAGGCCAAGGAAAGGCGGCAGCGUAGUUGGAUCAGGGCCCUCGCGAAAGCGAAAAGCCCCAGCUAUUCUAUCACCCGCGCUCCAUAGUGACCACGAUACAAGUCGUCGAAGGUCUCGCAUUAUCAAAGAUAUCCAGGAGGACCCAAUCUCGUCUUUGUCUGCAUCGACUAUUAUCAGCGCGAUCGAGACUUAUCGGAAGAAAUUCCCGAUUGCGAACUUUUUGCAUUAUCCUUCGUUGAUCUCGGAUGUCUCGUCGAAUUUUGAGUCAGUUGAUUCUGUUUUCAUUGCGUCUCUUCUCUCGCUAUGCGUUCGAUUUAUGAGUGAUGAUGGUUUGGAAGAUGAGGAGACGUAUGCGGGGUAUGCACAGAAACAUCUUGCGCACCGUGUUAUGGAGGCUCCUUCGCUCUAUCUCGCCCAGUCCUUGGUCAUGAUUUCAUUCUAUGAGUGGGGUACUGGCAGGCCGUAUCAGGCCUGGAUGUAUAGCGGAAUGGCCACAUACAUGAUUCAGUCACUUCUCAAGAUGGCAGAUGACAGUAUGGAGCACAGUCCACAUGAAUUCCAUGCAUCACAAACACAAUACGAGCAGCUCGUUCGUACAUAUUGGUGCUGCUUCGCGCAGGACUGUGAGCUGAGUUCGGGUGCUCGGCAACACUUCGCUCUAUCGUUCUCUCAGAUCUCCGUUCCACUUCCAAUCAGUGACCGUGACUUCACCUUCAACCAAGUGCCAGAGAGGAGGCUGAUGCCCGUCGAUAUGAACAGAAAAUGUCCACAGGCAAACAAUCUGACAAUCGAAAACGGCUUGACGAUAGUAAUUAGAGGAUUCGAUAUAUUUGUCCGGAUCCUCAGAUUUGCCAACGAACAUCGGCGCUCUCUGGCAUCUUUCAACUCGGACGAGUCGUCCACAUCACCACUUCAUAAGACUUGGCAUAGGCUGAAGGCAGAGCUGGAUGAAUGGCGGUCCCUACAAGACAGGACUGUUAGAUAUCCUGAUACCAGCGCACAGGCUCAUGUAGCUCUGGGGUAUGGAGAACUGUUUGCGUACAUCAAUCUGCUCUAUUUCAUGAGUAUCGUCUUUCUCCACCGUGAUCGCUUUCUUUCGAAUCUCAAGCCUCACUCCGACGUUUUUCACGAUAUGACCGACGAUGAUCAAUAUCAUCCCGACACGAUUCAACAACUUUUUGAGGCUGCACAACAUAUCAGCAGCAUCUUAUCCGCCCUUGAGGCCUCUGAGGCAUCCGUGAUAACCCCAUACUCAGGAUUUAGUGUUUUCGUUGCUGCGCACAUUAACAUGUAUGGCACUAUCGUACCACAACGAUACCCUGGAGGGCUCGAUCGAGCAGAGGAUGAGAAGACCCAUAAUAUGAUGUACCUUGAACGACUGAGUACACUGUGGCCGGUUGGUCGAAGCUGGUGGCGAACUGUGCAAGAAGCGAACCGAUUUUACGAGACAGUCAAGAGUACCCAGGCACACCCCGAAUCGGGCAUCCACAGUCCAAGGCGGUUUGCGUUGGCAGGCACUUUGGACGAAUAUGGUGACAUCCGAUCACGUCCAAGUCGAGAGCUACAUACGACCAGAUCAAUGACUGCAGAGGGUCGAGAAUUACAAAGCACACACCAAGCACAUGGACAUAGAGUUGCAUCACCUGGCCCCGACGCCGAAGAGGGAUUCUUCUCAAAGGAUCAGAGUGCUGCAGGAAGCCAUCCUGAUCUAGAAACAGACAUGUUUCAGUGGCCGUUUAUCGACGCUUCUUGGUCUGUUGGGUUUGAUGCUGGCCUGGAUGGACUGUGGCAUCAUUCUGGAUUAUUCGAUCCUAACUCUGCUAUGAGAUAA